CCUAACUGAAUAUGGGACAUUAAACACAUGCUGCCAGUCGGUCCAAGUUCAACAUCCACUUUGUCAGACUUUCGCCGAACUUAGCUGGAGCGCAAUUACGCAUGUUCACUAUGGCACCGAUGUUGGAUAAACGUGGUCCUGCUUUGCUUUUAAUCUGGAGCUAUUGCGUCCUCGCGGAUUCGGCGUUUACGAACUUUACUUUGGACAACGAGUUCCAUUCAAGUUUCAUCCACCGUCGUCUGAAGAGUCAGGAGCGCAGAGAGAUGCAGCGGGAGAUUCUGUCGAUCCUGGGGCUGCCACACCGGCCGAGACCCCACCUGCACGGAAAACAUAACGCUGCCCCCAUGUUUAUGUUGGACUUGUACAACGCCAUAACCACAGAUGUCGAGGACCGAUACUCGUACCCCUACAAGCCCGUGUUCACCACGCAGGGGCCACCUAUAGCCAGCCUCCAGGACAACAACUUCUUGAACGAUGCAGAUAUGGUCAUGAGCUUUGUCAAUUUAGUGGAGCAUGACAAAGAGUUCUUCCCUCUCCGGCGGCAUCACAAGGAGUUUCGCUUCGACCUGUCAAAGAUCCCGGAGGGCGAGGCCGUCACUGCGGCUGAGUUCAGGAUUUACAAAGACUUCAUCCACGAGCGUUUCGACAAUGAAACCUUUCGCAUCAGCGUGUACCAGGUGCUGGAGGAGCACUCGGACAGAGAGUCGGACCUGUUCCUGCUGGACUCUCGGGUGAUCUGGGCAGCAGAGGAGGGCUGGCUCGUGUUCGACAUCACAGCUACAAGUAACCACUGGGUCCUGAACCCGGGGCGCAACCUGGGUCUUCAGCUGGCCCUAGAGAGCAACAGUGGUGAAAGCAUUAAUCCUCGUGUGGCAGGUCUGAUUGGCCGCAGCGGGCCUCAGAAUAAACAGCCCUUCAUGGUGGCCUUCUUCAAAGCAACAGAGGUGCACCUGCGCAGCAUUCGCUCAGCGUCCGGGGGAAACAAGCAGAGGAACUCCAACCGCUCCAAACCAGCAAAGAACCAAGAAGCUCUGAGGAUGGCCAACGUCGCAGAGAACAGCAGCACUGAUCAGAAACAGGCCUGUAAGAAGCACGAGCUGUAUGUCAGUUUCAGAGACCUGGGGUGGCAGGACUGGAUCAUUGCUCCGGAGGGCUAUGCGGCGUACUACUGUGAGGGAGAGUGUGCCUUCCCAUUAAACUCCUACAUGAACGCCACAAACCACGCCAUUGUGCAAACGCUGGUUCAUUUUAUCAAUCCGGACACAGUGCCUAAGCCAUGUUGUGCUCCCACGCAGCUCCAUGCCAUCUCCGUGCUCUACUUUGACGACAGCUCCAACGUCAUUCUGAAAAAGUACCGCAACAUGGUGGUCAGGGCCUGUGGCUGCCACUAG